CUGAAGCAGCAGCUGCAGAGAACGAGGCGCGCGGAGAGUUUUGGAGACAGCGGCACCGGCUCAGCGCUUUGACGCACGCGCGCACUAUGGACUACUGUUGAGCUCCGGGGGAGAAGCAGAUCGCGCGCAGUAGGAACCAGCUGCUGUUCGUUUACCUCACACCUUCCUAAUUUUGUUUUUUUGUUUUUAAGUUGAUUAGCGACGGUUAUUUUAAUCCAACAGUAAGUUUAACUGAAAAUAAUUGCGUCGAAAGCAGGUUUGGCAUCAUGAAGUUACUGCUUUUACCUGUUUUAAUGGCUUUUUUCGCCGUCGCCCAAGUUUUUUGCGAGGAAAACGACCCAAAAGAAGAGGCUGACUACUGGACAAGCAAUAAUCAACUCCAGGACGGCUGGCUUUCCAACGAUCCAUUCAGAGAAAUCCUCCUGAGGAUGACGAGAAAGCCGCGGCCGCAUCAGUUCAUCGGCCUGAUGGGGAAACGGUCCAUGGCAAAUGCACAGAUCACCCACAAAAGGCAUAAAGUCAACUCUUUCGUCGGACUGAUGGGGAAAAGGAGCCAAGAGGAGCCAGACUCCUACGAGUGGAGCACAAUACAGACGUACAACAAACGGCGCUAAGCUGCCAUCUCCUCUCCUGCCUGCCUCUCAUCUAGCCAUUCCUCAUCCACGAGAGGGGUACUUGAUGCUGGUUUUGUUUUCUCCAAACUGUGUGUAGCUGUUAGUCGAAUAAAAUGAUUCUGUUUCCACAUUGUAGUGAAGUAGCGGUGCUGUGCCUGUGCCAGAUUCAUUUGUCCCAGCAGAAGGUAGAUCAUGGCGAGAGGAGGGGAAAUGGUGUCAUUAUCAAUGUUAGUGUUUUCUGUGAGCGUUUCCAACCAUCUGCCGUGCUACAAAGACUAAAUGUUGUUGUGGACCAUCAAAGCAAGGCAAUACCCGAGGGUAUGCUGAAAAUUGCACUGCCAAAGUCACUGUAUAGUGCCUCAUAACUGUUUAAUUGCAACUGAUUGUUCUAUAAAUAACACACUGGGACAGGUUCUCAUUUUAGCUUUCAAGUGAAUUUAGAUGAGCUGUCAUGUCCUCCACCUGGACAUAUGGUGUGACAUGACAGGAUACAUGUGUGUUAUAGUGGUUU